AUGGUGUUCGAGUCGCUGGUCGUGGACGUUCUGAACCGGUUCCUGGGCGACUACGUGGUGAACCUGGACAGCUCCCAGCUCAGCCUGGGCAUCUGGGGAGGAGCUGUAGCACUUAAGAAUCUUGAAAUAAAGGAAAAUGCACUGAGUCAGCUGGAUGUACCAUUUAAAGUAAAAGCAGGGCAUAUUGGUCAACUUAAUCUACAAAUCCCAUGGAAAUACCUUUAUACUCAACCAGUUGAGGCUGUUCUGGAUGGAGUUUAUUUGCUUAUAGUGCCUACAGCCAGCAUAAAAUAUGAUGCUGAAAAGGAAGACAGACAGCUCCUAGAAGCAAAGCAAAGGGAACUACAAAGAAUAGAGAAUGCAAAACAGAAAAUAGCUGACCAGGAUAAAGGACAAGAAGAGAAACAAGACACUUUUGUAGAAAAAUUAGUCACUCAGGUCAUCAAAAAUCUUCAGGUGAAAAUUUCCAACAUUCAUGUUCGAUAUGAAGAUGAUAUCACAAAUCGAGAUAAUCCCCUGUCAUUUGGGAUCUCACUUCAGAAUCUCAGUUUGCAGACCUCAGAUCAAAAUUGGAACCCAUGUUUACAUGAUGAAGCUACCAAGUUGUUCUAUAAGCUUGUACGUCUGGAUAAUCUUUUUGCUUACUGGAAUGUGAAGUCUGUGAUGUUCUACCACGGAGGUUACGAUGAAUCUUUGAAUAAUUUAAAGCAUGGAGUUGCCUGCCGCAAUGUGAUUCCAGAAGGUUAUGAUUUUGUAUUCCGUCCAAUUUCCGCUAAAGCCAAACUCCGUAUGAAUCCUCGAUCUGAUUUUGACUUUUCUUCACCAAAAAUGGACUUAGAUGUAAAUUUACAGGAUAUAGCCAUUGAGUUCAAUAAACCACAGUACUUCAGUAUUAUGGAGCUCCUUGAGUCUAUUGAUAUGAUGACCCGAAAUCUGCCAUACCGGAAGUACAGACCUGAUGUUCUUUUGCACAACAAUGCCAAGAUGUGGUGGAAAUACAUUAUUAAAGGUAUUCUGGAAGUAAAUGUUCAACCCAAGCUUAAUAUGUGGUCAUGGGAACACAUUCGACACCAUAGAAAACAAGUGAAGAACUACAAAGAGAUGUAUAAAAUGAAGAUAACAUCAAAGAAACCUAGUGAAGAGAUUGUAAAAUUGUUAGAGGAAUUCGAAAAGACCCUGGAUAUAUUUAACAUCACGUUAGCAAGACAACAGGCAGAAGUCGAGGUAACUAAAGCUGGAUUAAAGAUUUACAGACCAGGGGUAAAACAAGAUGAUGAAAAUUCUGGUGGUUGGUUCAGCUGGAUAUGGGGUUGGUCAGGAGAAAAAAACGAUGAGAAGAAACAAGAAAUAAAGGGUGCAAGUCUUGAAGAAUUGAUGACACUGGAAGAAAAGGCUAAACUCUAUGCAGCAAUUGGGUAUAGUGAAACAGCUGUUGAUCCAACGUUGCCAAAAACUUAUGAAGCCAUGAAGCUUUCUGUAAAGCUGUUAAGCAUGUCCGUAUCAAUAAGGGAAAACAAGGAGAAACCUGAGCUGAUCAAAUUUGCAGUAAUUGACUUGAGCACAAUGUUAAUGCAACGACCAGGUGCGCAAGCAAUAAGAUUUGAAACGAAAAUAAGCACAUUUGAAGUUACAGGCAUGUCUCAAGAAAAAUUCAUACCCUGUCUGCUAUCUUCUCGAACAGUCCAUUCUGAAAACAAUACAUCACUCUUGAGCAUAAUGUUUGAGACCAAUCCUUUAGAUGAGAAAGCGGAUCAGAAGCUUAGAAUAGAAUCACAACCGUUGGAAAUAAUAUAUGAUGCAAGGACUGUGAAUAGUUUAGUGGAUUUCUUCAGGCCUCCAAAAGAUGUACAUUUAGAGCAACUGACCUCAGCAACUUUGAUGAAGCUUGAAGAAUUUCGUGAGAAGACAUCGACAGGAUUAUUAUAUGUUAUUGAAACACAGAAAGUUCUCAAUCUAAAAAUUAAUUUAAUGGCUUCAUACGUCCUCGUUCCACAAAAUGGAUUUUAUGAAUCUACGUCAAAUUUACUUCUUCUGGAUCUUGGUAACCUACAGAUGACGAGUAAAAGUCGUUCUGAUGUGUCAGAACUCAAAGUAGGACAAAGUACCAUUGAAGAUAUCAUGUCAAGAGCUUAUGAUAGCUUUGAUAUUCAGCUCAGCAGUAUACAGCUACUUUACUGCAAACAUCAUGAAAAUUGGAAGGAGGCUCGUAAGCUAAAAUAUUCAUCACAACAUAUCUUGCGGCCUAUGGAUGUGAAAGUGGAAUUUAGCAGGGCAAUGGUUGUCACUGAUGCAAGAAUGCCUAAAUUCAAAAUUUUUGGACAACUGCCUUUGCUCUCUGUUCAAAUCUCUGACCAAAAGCUGAUGGGUAUCUUGGAGCUAAUUGACAGCAUUCCUAAACCAGAAAGUGGUCCUGCUACCAUGUCUGCUCCCAAGCCAACUCAGAUUGCAGUAACUCCUCUGCUUGCAACACCACAAAUUUCACAAAAUGUACUUCCUCUUUUGGAACUUCAUUCAUUAACUGAGUCAGAAUCGGAAGAAGAAUUUUAUGAUGCCCCCACCAGUCCUGUGGAGGAGAUGCCAUUUUUUGAAGCAUCUUCUGGCUCUCUGACCAGAGUUAACAGUGUCAGAAGAAAAAGGUUACAGAAGCAAGAAUCUUUGAAGAAUAUGACAGAAUUCCAGCUAAGUUUUGAAAUAUCUGAGGUCUUAAUUCAGUUGUGUCGUCUUGCUGAUGGUACUGAAAAGCCUGUGCUGCAGCUAGAAGUUGUAGGAUUAGGCACUGAACUUAAAUUCAGAACAUUUGAUAUGGCUGCAAAUGCUUUUCUUAGAGAAGUCUGUUUACUGUGUCCAGAGUAUAUGGAUGAUAAAGACAAACCUGUUUACAUCAUUACAACAUUGGAUAAUACAGAGGAUGAUCUUCUUACACUGGAAUAUGUAAAGGCUGAUAUUAAUGGACCAGAGUUGAAAACUGCUUACAAGAAUGUUCUGCAGCUGUUAAAGGUGAAUUUCUCCUCUCUAGAUGUUCAUUUGCAUAAUGAAGCACUUCUGAAUGCCAUGAAUUACCUAAAUAAUCUUCUACCAAAACAAGAGACUAAAAUAACAGAAGAGGUAGUCCAGGAAAAAGAAGAGAAAAAGGAUGUUCUUAAGAAAUUAACAUCAAAAAAAUCCAAGUAUGAGGAUGUCAUAGACCUUCAUGUCUGUGCAGAUUUAUCCUGUCUGCGGGUUUUUAUUAGAGAACAAAAACGCAGAAUAUCUGAAAUUCACGUAGAAGGUCUUGAUUGCCAAGUGAUCAUGAGGAAAGCAGCAACUGAAGUGUUUGCAAAAUUAAAGAACAUAAUUAUUAUGGAUUCUGAUGAGAUGGCAUGGUAUAAAAAGGCUCUUUAUAUCACAGGAAAAGAAGUCUUCAGUUUUAAAAUGAUGUCAUACGUGGAUGCUACAGAUGGUGCUGCCUAUACAAAUAUGAAUAUUGUAGACAGCCGGGUUUAUUUAACCGUUGGUUGCAUUCAAGUAGUUUUUGUCAACAAGUUUGUUUCAACUAUUUUGGCUUUUAUAAAUAACUUCCAAGCUGCUAAGGAAGCUAUUACCGAGGCAACUGUUCAAGCAGCAGAGAAAGCAGCUACAGGUGUAAAAGAACUGGCACAACGGAGUUCCCGAAUGGCACUGGAUAUUAAUAUUAAAGCACCUGUAAUCAUAGUGCCACAGUCAGCAGACUCUACUAAUGUCCUUGUUGCUGAUUUUGGUCUAAUUACUGUAAAGAAUCAGUUCUCUGUUAAAACAAAGGCACAAUGUAGCCUUCCACCUGUUAUUGACUCUAUGACCGUGAAGCUGAGUGAACUAAAACUAUACAGAACACAUUUUGAGAGAGGUUCAUUACAAAGUGAAAUACAGCUGUUGCAGCCACUAAAUUUGGAAGUUAUUGUUGAACGAAAUUUAGCUGCUGCCUGGUAUAGCGAAGUGCCUGAUAUUAAAAUACUUGGACGACUUAAGCCUAUGAAUCUCAUCCUCAGUCAGGAAGACUUAACCACUAUAUUGAGGACAUUGAAUGAAAAUUUAGGGGACAGUUCUGGUGCUCCACCUCCUUUACCAGAACCGAAAGAUACAAGUAGCAACUGCAGCGAUGCCCUCAGUACUUCCCAGCAAUCUGCAGGAAUAACUAUGGUAACAACUGCUGUGGUGGAAUUGCGUUCACCUGUUAAAGUUAAAACAACUCUAAAACUGGACUUUCUAUUCGACUCUCUCACUUUGGUAUUGUAUAGUCCAAAUUCUAAACAGGUUUCUGCUUUGGAUCAAAGAGAUGAUCGUUUGAAACUUGCAGAGUUUAAAUUGGUCUUGAUAUCAGCUGCUGCCAAAAUGUUAUCAGAUGGUUCAAUGAAUGCUUCAGUCAAGUUAGCAAACUGCACAUUAGAUGAUAAACGACUGACAGUCCAGAAGACAACUCCAAGAAUGGUGGAAAUGAAACAUGGAUCUGAAAAGAAGGACAUGGUGGAUGUAAGCUACAAGCAGGGGAGAGAUGGCACUGUUCUGGACACAAUUGUUCAAGACAUAUAUCUCUGUGCGAGCAUGGAAUUUCUACUUACUGUUGCAGAUAUAUUCUUAAAGGCUAGUGCAGAAAGUGCUGCUGCACAGAGGAAUAUCAAGCAAACUUUAGCUGUAAAGGAGCAAGCAUCUAUGCAACCGGUAUCUUCAAUGGAAAUGAACAUUAUUGUUAAAAAUCCAGAGAUUGUGUUUGUGGCUGAUUUAACAAGAAGUGAUGCUCCUGCAUUGGUGGUCACAACGCAGUGUGAGAUCUUUAUUAAGAACAGCCCUCAAAUGUAUAAAAUGACAGCUGCUGUUAAAGAUAUACAAAUGAAAGCCUGCCCCUUUCUUGCAGAAAAGAGAAAAGGGAACAUCACUACAGUAUUGCAGCCUUGUGAUUUCUUCUUCAAAAUGGUGCAGUCAGGUACUAAUCCACAAAUGGCUGACCUAUCAAUUAAAUCCUUAACAAUAAAGGUUUCACCCAUUAUCAUAAAUACAGUGAUUACUAUUACAUCGGCACUUUCUCCAACUACAGAGACUUCAGAAGAAGAGAUUAGUCCAAUUCCUCCAGACCUAUGGGAUAAGAAAGAUAUAAAAAAAUUAAAAAUGUGGUUUCUUGAAAAGUCAAAUGAAAAUGAAAAUAAAAAUACAGUAGCUGAGUUGGUUCUCACAGGGGAGACAUUAAAUAUGAGAAUUGAAUCAGUCAUUGUAACUCUUGAAGCUGGAGUUGGUCACAGAACGGUACCUAUGCUUUUAGCAAAGUCGUCGUUUUCCGGAGAAGUCAAAAAUUGGAGUACGCUCAUCAACCUCCAUUCCCAGCUUGAACUGGAGGUGCAUUAUUAUAAUGAGAUGUUUGGUGUGUGGGAACCUUUGCUUGAACCGCUAGAAAUUGAAAAGAGUGAUGAAUUCAAACCAUGGACUCUUGGAAUCAAGAUGAAAAAGAAGGCUAAAGAAGCAUUAGAAUCAGAUGCUGAAGAAGAACACUACAAGGUGCCAGAAUAUAAAACAGUAAUAAACAUCUCCUCGAAAGACCAGCUGAACAUUACACUAUCCAGAUGUGGACUACAAAUGUUGAGUAACCUGGGCAUGGCAUUUGCUGAAGCAGCUAGCAAAACUUCAGACAUCUUCAAAAAAGAUCAAGCACCAUUUGUAAUAAUGAAUUCCUUAGGACUUCCCAUCACUGUCUCACCCAGUGAUUCCUUUAAAGUCCUUAAUGUUGAGUCUGGAGCAAAAACAUUUCAUUUAAAAGAUGGGGAAAGUCUAAAUAUGGAGUUUCUUAGAACUAAAAGUGAGAGUGACCAGUUCACAGCAAUGACCACCCUAAGCAGCAAAAUGUUUUACAUUCAGCUCAGUCCUCAAAAACACUCCACUGCUGACAAGAUUCCGUUGACAAAAGUUGGUCGAUGUCUUUAUAGAGUAAGACAUGAGGAGUCGGGUGUUGAAAGAUCCAUUGUUUGUCAAAUUGAUACGGUUGAAGGGAGUAAGAUGAUAACUAUACGUUCUCCUGUACAGAUAAGGAAUCAUUUUUCAAUUCCACUGAGUCUUUUUGAAGAUGGAACAUGUCUAGGAACUGCUUCACCAAUAAACGAAUUUAACAUACCACUGACCUCUUACAGAUCACUACUUUGUUUGCAACCAGUAACUGAUGAAAAUGGAAUUGGUGGAGAAUAUGAAAUGUGUGAAGGAAUUAGCUUUGAUGAAAUUAUGAAAAAUUUUGGCAACUUAAUACAGAGGAAAUGCCAGUCCGUGAAAUCAACUAAUCAUUCACUUAUCAUUAAUGUUGUGCCAGUAAAAGAUACCUUGACAUCUUCAGUAUGUGCAGAUGAUGGAUGGGAUUUACCAUACGUUAUUCAUUUAUGGCCCUCUGUCCUUCUCCGCAAUCUUCUUCCUUAUCCAAUUACUUAUUCUCUAGAGGGAAAUGAUAACAAAUGGGACACUCUAGAGGAUGGAUGUUCAACUCAGAUUCAUAAUGCAGUAUUGGAUCAAACCAAGCUGGAAUUGCAGUUACUUAAUUAUCUUGAUCAAAAUUGGAAAAGCGAGUACCAUAUAAGAACUAAUCAGCAAGAAAUUGGCUUCAUCACAUUCUCUUGUAUCACUGAAGUGGAUAAGACUGAACUAGAUAUUGCUGUUCAUGUGACCUAUGCAACUGGACAAAUGAUCAUAGCAAUUCACAGUCCGUAUUGGAUGGUAAACAAAACUGGCCGAAUGCUGCAAUACAAAGCUGAUGGCAUUCACCGCAAGCAUCCUCCUGACUACAAAAAGCCACUUCUUUUUUCUUUCCAGCCUAAAAAUUUCUUCCACAAUAACAAGGUGCAGCUUAUGGUGACUGACAGUGAACUGUCUGAUCAGUUUUCUCUUGAUACUGUUGGUAGUCAUGGUUCUGUUAAAUGUAAGAGUCACAAAAAGGAGUACCAUGUUGGUGUCACCAUAGAUAACAGCAGUUUUAACAUUACAAGAAUCGUAACUUUCACCCCCUUUUUUAUGGUCGCAAACAGAAGCAAAUAUACUUUAGAAGUAGCUGAAGAAGGCAAGGAAAAAUGGAUUCCUAUCACUUUUCAGCAGUGCAUUCCCUUUUGGCCUGAAAAUGAUUCAAGUAAAUUGCUGAUUAGAGUUGAAAACUCCAGCAUUCCCCCCAAGAUGAUCUGUUUUAAUAAGCAAGAAAACUGUACAUUGCUGUAUUUGGACAAUAAGCUUGGUGGCAUUAUAGUGGAUGUUAACCUGACCGAACAUUCUACAGUAAUUACUUUAUCAGAUUACCAUGAUGGUGCAGCUCCAUUCCUGUUAAUUAACCAUACCAAGGAAGAGAUGAUUGAGUAUGGGCAGAGUUCUCUCAAUGUGAUGGAAGACCAUCUUAUGCCAAAUAAAGCAGUAUUGUACACCUGGGCUGAUCCAGUAGGCUCUAGAAAGUUGAAAUGGAAAUGUGGAAAGUGCAAUGGGGAAGUAACGCAAAAAGAUGACAUGAUGGACUCUCUCAUCUUGGAUCAUAAAAAGAGAGUUUAUUUAGUUUCAUUUUUUGAAGGCUUGCAACGUAUUAUCCUAUUCACUGAAGAUGAGAGUGUAUUUAAAGCAACAUAUGAAAGUGAAAAAGUAGAACUAGCAGAACAAGAAAUUGUUCUAUCAUUACAAGAUGUUGGAAUUUCUUUAGUCAACAAUUAUACAAAGCAAGAAGUGUCCUACAUUGGAAUUACAAGUUCUGAUGUAGUUUGGGAGACAAAACCCAAGAAGAAAUCAAGGUGGAGGCCAAUGAGCAUUAAGCAAACUGAAAAGUUAGAGAGAGCAUUUAAAGAAUACAGUGAGCUAUCCCCUUCAGAAAACAAGAUUGUUGAGCUGGAAACAAAUGUUAUGGUUUGUUUAACUCCUAAUGGUGGUAACAUGAAAAUCCAGCAACCAAAUGAAAUUCCUGUAAGAAGAAACUAUUUGCCAGCUUUAAAUGUAGAAUAUAGUACAUCUGCACAUCAAAAGUCCUUCAGAGUCCAAGUUUACUGGAUACAGAUACAAAACCAGAUUCCCGGAGCCAUAUUUCCUUUUGUGUUUUAUCCUAUUAAACCUCCAAAGUCCAUCACCCUGGAUUCAGCACCAAAGCCAUUUAUUGAUGUGAGUAUUGUCAUGCGGACUGCAGGGCAUUCUCAGAUAUCACGUAUUAAGUACUUUAAGGUGCUGAUUCAGGAAAUGGAUCUCAAAUUAGAUCUUGGAUUCCUAUAUGCAUUGGCUGAUCUAUUUACACAGGCUGAGGUGCCCAAAGACCAAGAGGUUGAACUUUUCAAAAAGGAUAUAGAAUCUGUCCAAAAAGAAUUGAUGAGUAUGUCAUCAACAGAUACAUCACAAAUCAGCUUGUAUGAAUAUUUUCAUAUCUCUCCAAUCAAGUUACAUUUAAGUUUCUCACUGAGCACGGGUGGAGAAGAUAGCAACAAAGAAGAAAGACAGCAUGAACUGAUUCCAGUUCAGUCCGUGAACCUUCUGCUGAAGAGUAUUGGUGCCACACUCACAGAUGUACAAGAUGUUGUCUUCAAGUUGGCUUUCUUCGAACUCCGGUAUCACUUCUGUACUACACAACAACUACAAUCAGCAGUUAUUAGGCAUUAUUCAAAACAGGCCAUUAAACAAAUGUAUGUUCUUAUUCUUGGCCUUGAUGUUUUGGGCAAUCCAUUUGGAUUCAUAAGAGACUUGUCUGAAGGAGUGGAAGCAUUCUUCUAUGAACCUUACCAGGGAGCCAUCCAGGGUCCUGAAGAAUUUGUAGAGGGAAUGGCACUCGGUCUUAAAGCACUAGUUGGGGGAGCUGUAGGUGGAUUAGCUGGUGCUGCAUCAAGAAUCACUAGUGCUAUGGCUAAAGGAGUAGCAGCAAUAACUAUGGAUGAAGACUACCAGCAGAAGAGAAGGGAAACCAUGAAUAAACAACCAACUGGCCUUAGAGAGGGCAUCACUCGUGGAGGGAAAGGCUUAGUGUCUGGUUUUGUUAGUGGCAUAACAGGAAUAGUGACAAAACCAAUAAGAGGAGCCCAGAAAGAAGGAGCAGCUGGUUUCUUCAAAGGUGUUGGGAAAGGUUUAGUGGGAGCAGUAGCAAGGCCCACUGGAGGAAUCAUAGACAUGGCAAGCAGCACAUUUCAGGGUAUUAAAAGAGCUACAGAUUCAUCUGAUGAUGUGACGAGUCUGCGCCCACCUCGUUUCUUUUGUGAGGAUGGAGUUAUUAGACCUUACAGGUUAAGGGAUGGGACCGGAAGUCAGAUGUUACAGAAAAUUGAAAAUGGAAGAUUUGCAAAACUCAGAUAUAUUACACAUGCCAUGGUCAAUAAUACAGAUUUGUUAAUGAUAACAAAAAGUGGUGUUUUGUUUGUGACAAAAGGAACAUUUGGACAGCUGACAUGUGAGUGGCAGUACACUUACGAUGAGUUUACCAAAGAGCCAUUCAUUGUUGAUGGAAGAAGAUUACGCAUUGAAGCCAAGGAACGAGUUAAGUCCGUAUUUCAUGCCAAAGAGUUUGGAAAAAUAAUUAAUUUUAGGACUCCAGAAGAUGCCAAGUGGAUCCUUUCUAAACUGGAAGAAGUGAGAGAGAGUCAUCCAAAGUUGUAAUCACUGGAGAAGCUCCAAGACACAGAGAACAUGGAAUGCACAGUUCUGGCUAUUGCAUUUUAGUUGCUGUUUAACA